GAAGCACCGAAGCGAAACUUAAGGAAUCCUGCCUUCCCGGAGCCGCGGGCGAUGCGACUCGGGCUGCCGGGCGCCGCCGCCGCCCGCCCGGCUUCGUCCUUCCCGAUAGUCAGGAACUAGUUCUGACCCUCGCCCCCCGGAUCCGGAUCGAAUCCCCGCCCUCCGCACCCUGGAUAUGUUUUCUCCCAGACCUGGAUAUUUUUUUGAUAUCGUGAAACUACGAGGGAAAUAACUUGGGAGAUUUCUUCUUGGCUCCCUGCUUUCCCCACAGACAUGCCUUCAGUUUGGAGGGCCGCGGCACCCCGUCCGAGGCGAAGGAAGACCCCCAGCCGCAAGGGAGAGAAAUGAAGGGAAUUUCUGCAGCGGCAUGAAAGCUCUGCAGCUAGGUCCUCUCAUCUGCCAUUUGUCCUUUCAAACUGCAUUGUGAUACGGACAGGAUCAGUCCACGGGAGAGAAGACGAGCCUCCCGGCUGAUUCUCCGCCUCUCUACUUCCCAUAUUUCUUUUCUUUGCCCUCCUGCUUCUUGGCUGGCCCAGGGAUGACUUCCUCGCUGCAGCGGCCCUGGCGGGUGCCCUGGCUACCAUGGACCAUCCUGCUGGUCAGCACUGCGGCCGCUUCGCAGAAUCAAGAACGGCUAUGUGCAUUUAAAGAUCCAUAUCAGCAAGACCUUGGGAUAGGUGAGAGUAGAAUCUCUCAUGAAAAUGGGACAAUAUUAUGCUCAAAAGGUAGCACCUGCUAUGGCCUUUGGGAGAAAUCAAAAGGGGACAUAAAUCUUGUAAAACAAGGAUGUUGGUCUCACAUUGGAGAUCCCCAAGAGUGUCACUAUGAAGAAUGUGUAGUAACUACCACUCCUCCCUCAAUUCAGAAUGGAACAUACCGUUUCUGCUGUUGUAGCACAGAUUUAUGUAAUGUCAACUUUACCGAGAAUUUUCCACCUCCUGACACAACACCACUCAGUCCACCUCAUUCAUUUAACCGAGAUGAGACAAUAAUCAUUGCUUUGGCAUCAGUCUCUGUAUUAACUGUUUUGAUAGUUGCCUUAUGCUUUGGAUACAGAAUGUUGACAGGAGACCGUAAACAAGGUCUUCACAGUAUGAACAUGAUGGAGGCAGCAGCAUCUGAACCCUCUCUUGACCUAGAUAAUCUGAAACUGUUGGAGCUGAUUGGCCGAGGUCGAUAUGGAGCAGUAUAUAAAGGCUCCUUGGAUGAGCGUCCAGUUGCUGUAAAAGUGUUUUCAUUUGCAAACCGCCAGAAUUUUAUCAAUGAAAAGAACAUUUACAGAGUGCCUUUGAUGGAACAUGACAACAUUGCCCGCUUUAUAGUUGGAGAUGAGAGAGUCACUGCAGAUGGACGCAUGGAAUAUUUGCUUGUGAUGGAGUAUUAUCCCAAUGGAUCUUUAUGCAAGUAUUUAAGUCUCCACACAAGUGACUGGGUAAGCUCUUGCCGUCUUGCUCAUUCUGUUACUAGAGGACUGGCUUAUCUUCACACAGAAUUACCACGAGGAGAUCAUUAUAAACCUGCAAUUUCCCAUCGAGAUUUAAACAGCAGAAAUGUCCUAGUGAAAAAUGAUGGAACCUGUGUUAUUAGUGACUUUGGAUUGUCCAUGAGACUGACUGGAAAUAGACUGGUGCGCCCAGGGGAGGAAGAUAACGCAGCCAUAAGCGAGGUUGGCACUAUCAGAUACAUGGCACCAGAAGUGCUAGAAGGAGCUGUGAACUUGAGGGACUGUGAAUCAGCUUUGAAACAAGUAGACAUGUAUGCUCUUGGAUUAAUCUAUUGGGAGAUAUUUAUGAGAUGUACAGACCUCUUCCCAGGGGAAUCCAUACCAGAGUACCAGAUGGCUUUUCAGACAGAGGUUGGAAACCAUCCCACUUUCGAGGAUAUGCAGGUUCUUGUGUCUAGGGAAAAACAGAGACCCAAGUUCCCAGAAGCCUGGAAAGAAAAUAGUCUGGCAGUGAGGUCACUCAAGGAGACAAUCGAAGACUGUUGGGACCAGGAUGCAGAGGCUCGGCUUACUGCACAGUGUGCUGAGGAAAGGAUGGCGGAACUUAUGAUGAUUUGGGAAAGAAACAAAUCUGUGAGCCCAACAGUCAAUCCAAUGACUACUGCUAUGCAGAAUGAACGCAACCUGUCACAUAAUAGGCGUGUGCCAAAAAUUGGUCCUUAUCCAGAUUAUUCUUCCUCCUCAUACAUUGAAGACUCUAUCCAUCAUACCGACAACAUCGUGAAGAAUAUUUCCUCUGAGCAUUCUAUGUCCAGCACACCUUUGACUAUAGGGGAAAAAAACCGAAAUUCGAUUAACUAUGAACGACAGCAAGCACAAGCUCGAAUACCCAGCCCUGAAACAAGUGUCACCAGCCUCUCCACCAACACAACAACCACAAACACCACAGGCCUCACACCAAGUACUGGCAUGACUACUAUAUCUGAGAUGCCAUACCCAGAUGAAACAAAUCUGCAUGCCACAAAUGUUGCACAGUCAAUUGGGCCAACCCCUGUCUGCCUACAGCUGACAGAAGAAGACUUGGAGACCAACAAGCUAGACCCAAAAGAAGUUGAUAAGAACCUCAAGGAAAGCUCUGAUGAGAAUCUCAUGGAGCACUCUCUUAAACAGUUCAGUGGGCCAGACCCACUGAGCAGUACUAGUUCUAGCUUGCUUUACCCACUCAUAAAACUUGCAGUAGAAGCAACUGGACAGCAGGACUUCACACAGGCUGCAAAUGGCCAAGCAUGUUUAAUUCCUGAUGUUCUGCCUACUCAGAUCUAUCCUCUCCCCAAGCAACAGAACCUUCCCAAGAGACCUACUAGUUUGCCUUUGAACACCAAAAAUUCAACAAAGGAGCCCCGGCUAAAAUUUGGCAGCAAGCACAAAUCAAACUUGAAACAAGUCGAAACUGGAGUUGCCAAGAUGAAUACAAUCAAUGCAGCAGAACCUCAUGUGGUGACAGUCACCAUGAAUGGUGUGGCAGGUAGAAACCACAGUGUUAACUCCCAUGCUGCCACAACCCAAUAUGCCAAUGGGACAGUACCAUCUGGCCAAACAACCAACAUAGUGACACAUAGGGCCCAAGAAAUGUUGCAGAAUCAGUUUAUUGGUGAGGAUACCCGGCUGAAUAUUAAUUCCAGUCCUGAUGAGCAUGAGCCUUUACUGAGACGAGAGCAACAAGCUGGCCAUGAUGAAGGUGUUCUGGAUCGUCUUGUGGACAGGAGGGAACGACCACUAGAAGGUGGCCGAACUAAUUCCAAUAACAACAACAGCAAUCCAUGUUCAGAACAAGAUGUUCUUACACAGGGUGUUCCAAGCACAGUAGCAGAUCCUGGGCCAUCAAAGCCCAGAAGAGCACAGAGGCCUAAUUCUCUGGAUCUUUCAGCCACAAAUGUCCUGGAUGGCAGCAGUAUACAGAUAGGUGAGUCAACACAAGAUGGCAAAUCAGGAUCAGGUGAAAAGAUCAAGAAACGUGUGAAAACUCCCUAUUCUCUUAAGCGGUGGCGCCCCUCCACCUGGGUCAUCUCCACUGAAUCACUGGACUGUGAAGUCAACAACAAUGGCAGUAACAGGGCAGUUCAUUCCAAAUCCAGCACUGCUGUUUACCUUGCAGAAGGAGGCACUGCCACAACCAUGGUGUCUAAAGAUAUAGGAAUGAACUGUCUGUGAAAUGUUUUCAAGCCUAUGGAGUGAAAUUAUUUUUUGCAUCAUUUAAACAUGCAGAAGAUGUUUAAAAAAAAAAAAACUGCUUUAUCCUCCUGUCAGCACCCCCCUCCCACCCCUGCAACAAGGACUUGCUUUAAAUAGAUUUCAGCUAUGCAGAAAAAUUUAGCUUAUGCUUCCAUAUUUUUAAAUUUUGUUUUUUAAGUUUGCACUUUUGUUUAGUCUCGCUAAAGUUAUAUUUGUCUGUUAUGACCACAGAGUUAUAUGUGUGUGUAUCAAAAGUGGUCUCAAAAUAUUUUUUUAAGAAAAAAAGCAAAAACAAUGUAUUGCUGAUAAUCAGUUUGGACCAGUUUCUUAAGGUCAUUAAAACAGAAGCAAAUUAAGACAGGUUUGACUGCAGUGGUAUCUGGUAUCCAUGUUUUAUUUCUGGGCACAAGCUAGUUUUUAUGUUGAUACGUUCCUGAACAUAUUAUCUUGUUGGACAUCUUUUCUCUUGUGUUUUGUUUGAAUGUGCAAUAGUUUAUAGGCCACAAAUAAGCUUUCUUGUAAGCUCUCUUCCUAACAGGGCACAUAUUCUUCCAUAAUAUAAACACUUUUCUGCCCCAUCUCCCAUACUUUUGAAGGUCAGUUCUAUGACAGUGAAUUUUGCACAGGAGAAGCAGCUACCUGAUUUCUUACUUUCUCUCUCCUUAUCAUGGAGAAUACAGAAACAUUGUCUGAAAGGGCUCUAAAAAAGGAACUACCAAAACCUGAUUUGAAAUGCCAUUUCUUUUAACCUUCCAAAUCCUGAAUGUUUCCUUCCAGGCAUUUUAAUAAACUUAUUUGCUUCUGGUUUUGGGAGUUCAUAAGAGAGACUAGAACAAAGUACAGGACAUCAAAUAUUAGCCAUUUCCCAUUUCAUUUUAUUUUUCUAUGUAUGUUCAUGUUCCAUGUUCAUUUAUUUAAGAAUACAUUUUUAUUGGUAAGCUUAUAGAGCUAUACUUAUGGAAUUUUUAAGUAGGAAAAUAAAUGGUUAAGACAAAAUAGUUAUAGCUUUCAUUCUCUGAAUAGGCCAUCUUUGACUCAUAAAAUUACACUUACUGUUUAUUAUAACUUCAGAAGUAAUUUAUAGUUCUGAACCUAUAGUAUCUUUUACCCUGUUCCCAAGCGAAGACUGGUGACUUUAUCUGAAAAUUAUUCCUCUUCCCAUGACCUAAAACACUGUGAGGAAAAAUCAUUCAAGUGGCAUGCCAAGUCCCCGUGAAAGAAGGGCUGCUAUCAAACCUAACUUUUUUGAGCAGACUGAGACUAGACUUCUCUCUUUUCAAAAUUGUGUUAUCUUCCUUAAUCCUAUUUUCAUAAUUUUUACUUUCGCCAGUUUUUCACAUUAUCUUUGAUAUGUGAGCAACAUUUAUUAUUUACAUUAGAGUAUACCUUUUAGUAAUAACAUGACUUGAAAUCAUGUUAUUUUUAAAAGCCUCCUUUGCUUCUUUCAUUACUUAUAAUCUUCUCUAAAACAAACUCUGCAUUUUUUUAAUAAAGCACUUUCUGUCAAAUAAUGGACUUUUUUCUAAACAAAUUAUUUUCUAUUAAUUUACAAACUGAUGAUUUCACUUUUUAAAUUUUUUUUUUCGAUUAUCAGAGUACUUAGUGAAUGUUACAUAGUUAAGUUCUAAGAUAGUUCCAGGGAUUAAAAGGUUAAGAGGAAAACACAAAUCACCAAAUUUCUGAUUUAUGUUUUUAUCUCCUGAACAGUAUUUUUUCACUCAUAUUCCUCUGUCUCAUCACUUAGCUAAAGACAGCCUAAAUUUCCCAAUUUUCUGUCAUUUGUGAUUUACUUGUAUAUAAGCCUUCUCAUUUGCCAUGUGCUGUGAUCUUACAAGUUAGAUGUUACUGUACCUACCAUUUAUUCAGCUGGAUUGCUGAACACUGUUCUGGAUUCUUAGAAUUCAGAUUAUCUUGUUAGUGCCCAAGAUUUCCACGCUUCGUGUUUUAUUGGCCCUUCUCUUGAUUCAGCACCUUAACCGAUUUUCAGUCUUCUGGCACAUAAUUUUUUUCACAGUUAUUAUUCUAUUGAGAAAUUAUUUGUAUCUUGCCUAGUACAUUUUCACUUAGUUCUCUUGCCUUUAAAUACCUUUCACAUGCAUUUUAGGAUAUUCUUUUCAAAUAUUUGUAGGACAACUUUGAAUCAAAAUAAAUUAUAUUCCUUCUCCAGUUUGAAGCAUUGAGGGUAAAUAACCAUUUGAGGUCUAACUGAUCUUUUCCUGCCACAAGAGUGAUCUUACAUUCUGCUAUAUUUGUAUUUGGGCCAGUUGAUUGUAGGUUUUCCAACAUAUUUUAAUAUUGGGAAAAUCAUAAUAAAAUGCUUUAAAAAUUAAUAUGCCAGAUUAAAAUAACUGAAUAGUUUAUUUCAUUCAAGCAUGUUUAAAACAAAUAAUUUCCUUUCACCAGUUUUUCUUAGUAAACUCCUGAAAAAGUAGGAAAGGUGGAAAGUAUAUAUCAUUUUAAUAAAUUUUAAAUUAAAUUGUACAUCAAACUUAAAAUCUGUAAUAUACAAGCAAGCAAAAUUAAGUUAGUUACUUAUAUGCUAAUACUCAUCUGAUAAUAAAUGUUUCUUAAAGUUGACAUUUAACUGCUAUCACAAAAUUUUACAUGUAGAAAAGCAGGUCUUUUGAAUAAAAGAUCAUUCAACUAAAAAUAUUAAAAUUUAUUUCACUGGAUGGUAAUGUAACCUUAAAAGCAUCAUAAUAGGUAAAGUCUAAUAUUAGUUCCCUUAACAAAAUCCUAACUGUAUACCAGAAUUAGGUCACUGAAAGAACUUGAUUUGAAUUACAUUUAGACAAAAAUUACUUAAUUGUAAAUUCUUAAAACUUUCCAAAUGCAUAAUUGGAAAAAAAAAAAAAAUCACUGUUACCAGUGUAGGAAGUUACGAGAAGGCACAUACUGAAUGCUGAAAUAUAUAUAUGCUAUUUGUUUUAAACCUCAGAGAAACCAUAUGAGCAUUGUAAUUAAUAUUCCCAUUUUACAGAUGAGGAAAUUGAAGCUAAGAGAAAUUAAGUAAUAUGCCCAAGGUCCAUAUCUAGUAAUAGACAAAGCUGGGAUUUCAGUCUAUGUCUACCUCUCUCCACAUCUCUUUCAUCCAUACCACACUGCCUAUAUGCCAUAUGACAGGAUGCGUAACGGGCUAACAUUUAUUUUAAAAAUUCAGGCCGGGCGCAGUGGCUUACGCCUAUAAUCCCAGCACUUUGAGAGGCCGAGCCAGGUGGAUCACAAGGUCAGGAGUUCAAGACCAGCCUGGCCAAGAUGGUGAAACUCCAUCUCUACUACAAAUAUUUUUUAAAAAUUAGCCAAGCAUGGUAGUGGGCACCUGUAGUCCCAGCUACUCAGGAGGGUGAGGCAGGAGAAUUGCUUGAACCCAAGAGGCGGCGGUUGCAGUGAGCUGAGAUCGCGCCACUGCACUCCAGCCUGGGUGACUGAGUGAGACUCCGUCUCAAAAAAUAAAAAUAAAAAUUCAGUCACUAUACUCGCAUAAUUGUCAUUUGUAUAUAUACAACUGUAUUUGUAUAUAUAAGGUAAGCCAAACUACAUACCUUAAUGAUUUGGGAAGUUAGGCAAAUAUAAGAUAUGUAGACAUAUCUAUGCUGAUUGUUGCUUGAGAAAUAAUUACUAAUUCAAGACAAAACUCAAUCCUGUAUCUCCCAUCAUGAAUCUUAAAAUCAUUUCACUUAACUCCUAACAUUCUUAAAUUGCAGAACUAAUGGUAAGGUAAAUUUUAAGGAAAAGGUUAAGAUAGCUUUUGGUAACAGAGACCUUUCCCUAAAUUGAUUCCAUAGUAGAUUUGGGGAAAUUAAUUUAACAGAGAACUUCAGUUUCAUCAGUCCUUUGAAUCCAUCUUCAAGACUUCUGCUUUUAAUAACUUUAGAAAAUUUACUAAUCCAUAGAACUAAUUGAGUAGGCUAUAGGAAGGAUACAAGGAUAAUGUCCUUUUUAUAAAACAGUUUAGUAUAGCUUCUUUACAUGUAUCCACUUGUUCCAGAAAAUGUGCAUUGGUUCUGAAUGUGAAAAUAUUUACAGAGAGAAAGGAACACUUAAGUGUGGGCUUCAGUGGGAAUUAUCACAAAAAAUUGGCAAGUUUUUUUUUUUUUAAUCAUUUUCAAAUUUGACUUCUACAGCCAAAUGGAAUUGGUAGGCUGUAGCUGUUACACUGAAAUUUCCAGUCUUUUUAAGUGCCUCCUGAAAGUCAUUUAAAAUGGAAAAAUAUUUCAAUGAACUUUUCUUUUCCUUUUUUCAUAUUUAUGGACAUGAAUAUUUUAUUGGAGAUCAUUAACUCCUAGAAUUUGAGAUUAUAUUUCUAUACAACAUUUUUUAAAGUUAUGUUGAACUUACUACCUGUUAUGUGCAGGUUAUUAUGUAACUAUUCACAGAUUGCUUCAUACAUCGCUUUAUCUUCCCAGCUAACUUAAUAAAGUUAGAAUCUGUACACACAUGUUGAUUAUCUAGACCAGUCAUUCUAGAAAUUGUAACACUCCCACAUAAACCCCAGAAGACUUUUUCAGAAUGCAAUGUUUUCUAAAUAUACUGUUUACUGGCAGUUUACUCUUCAGCAUAAAAGGUUGCAUCGUAACUUUUAGAUUAUGAACUGUGCAAACUUUACCCAAAACUACCUUGCAUGAUUCCCUCCUAAAUAUAUUCCUUGAUUAAGUAAAUCUGGCAAAUCACCGUUUGAGCUAGUUACAUAAAAUUUGUUAUCAAGAGAAAGCCUUUCUACAAGUUUCCAGAUUAACAUAAAGAAAAGAGGAAAUCACAGGACAUUUAAGUGCAUCUUCCCAUUACUUUCCUUAAAUCACCUCACAGUUAGGCCGGGCGCAGUGGCUGACGCCUGUAAUCCCAGCACUUUGAGAGGCCGAGGCGGGUGGAUCAUGAGGUCAGGAAACUGAGACCAUCCUGGCUGACACGAUGAAACCCCAUCUCUACUAAAAUACAAAUAAUUAGCCAGGCAUGGUGGCAUGCGCCUGUAGUCUCAGCUACUCGGGAGGCAGAGAUAGGAGAAUCGCUUGCACCCGGGAGGCGGAGGUUGCAGUGAGCGGAAAUCGGCGCCAAUGCACUCCAACCUGGGCAACAGAGGGAGACUCCAUCGCAAAAAAAAAAAAAAAAAAAAAUCACCUCAUAGUUUAUGUCCGACUUACUGCAAACCUCAGUUAUCUGAUUUGUAGUCUGUGUCAGGAAAGUUUUCUUCAUAUCCUGUCUCCCUCCUCUUUGAUUUUAAUUUUUUUUUUUUUUUUUUUACCCAGUAGGACAAAAAAGAGCGGUUGGUCAUCAUCCCCAAUAUUCUUAGUCUUCAUUAUGCUUCAGGCCUCUCAAUGAACACUUCAGUCUCAGUUCUUCAGACAAAAUUGCUUAAGCUCUUUUUCCUCAGUCCUAUUUUAAUGACUUUAUAUUUAAGAACAUAAAAUUAUAUCUUCUUUUAUAUUCAAGUUCAUUACUUCAGUUAAGUACUAGUCUGAUAGUUUGAUAGAAUUGAGAGUUAAGAUGUUUCUAUUUGAAAGUGGAUUCAACCAUCAGACUACCAGCAAAUCAGCACUUAAUUUUUGUAUUAUCUAACAUUUUCUAUUGUGGAAUUUUAUGAUUUUAUAUUCUCAUUAGUUAUAACUAAAAAGCCAUGCAUACAGAAUUGUAUAUCAUUUUGCCAUUAAAAUUGUUUAACUUAUAUUGCAGCAAGCUUAGUUUUAUGAUUGAGCCACAAACUUCUACUUAUUUUUUGUGUCAAAUAUUAAACAUUAAAUGCAAGAUUAACUUUCAAAAGCAAACCCUACAUUAAUCAGGUACUAUCUAUGGACAUUUUUGUAGACCACUUUUGAAAUACUUAUUAUUUUGCAACAUAGACUGGACUAUACAACUUUCAUUUAACUUUUAGGUGACUGAUUUGAGUGUGCAUAUAGAGAAAAACUUAGAAAUUUAUCUCAUGGCAGAUACAUUUGAAAGUACUUCAGAAGACUUUAUGCUGUAUAUUAAAACCAGGCUCAAAAUAAAUCUAUCGUAUCUUUAAAAUUCCAAUUCUGUUAUUACUGUGAUGUUUGUAGUGUUACUAUUAAACAUUGUGAACAUACACAUUCAUUUUUUAAACAACUUGAAACCCAUUUUAAAAUCUGGGUAAGAGAGAAGGAAUCUUCAGAACCAAAUUACAUCAUUAGGGUGUUCAGUUUAUGACUGAAUUAAAAGCAAAUUACUGUAUUUGAAACUACAACUUGAUUGUUUUUCAGUUUUAAAAAGCAACAUGUGGGUUUUAUCCAUUUUAUUUAUACCUUUAGAUUUCAGAAACAUCUUCAUGUUUUAGAUUCAUUCUACAGACAUAUUACUUAAAAACUCAGGGCCCCUUUCUUCCCUUUGUACACUGAAAAAGUUCAAUUGGUAGCAAGUAAGCAAUUAGAUCCAGUUGAAUAUUUAAAGUGUUUGUUGCACAGUUCAUUUAAUGUUUCAUCUUAUUUGACUUUUUCACAUAGAUAUAAUCUCAGAUUUCAUUAAUCAUAAAAAGUUGUCCAGUUCUGUAAUUACUGAAGAGAGGGAAUGACUCAACUAAUUGGCUACAUGUUGCAACAAAUUUAGGCCUUUAGAGUUGAAGCACUGACUUAAAACGACUUACAUUUCUGUUCUUUGAUCAAAUGACCAUACAUGAUAUGGGACAAAUUGUUUCAUUUUGUUUGUUUUUUAAUAAGAGAACUUAGUAAAGUAGUUCCUCUCAGAUAGGAUUUUCUCAAGAGACAUUUUAACGUUAUAACGCCUUCUAAAAGUGAACUAAAUAUUUUAUAACUUUAGUAAUAGCUUGGAUGGUUUUGAGAAAAUAACCUCUAUUUAUCACAUUGUCAGAGUCAAACAGAAUUUUUCUUUGAAUCAGACAAGUUCAAGCUCUAAACUGAUAUGCUAUAUACUUAAAAUCCUAGGAAGUUAUCUGUAACCAAUCUCUUGUCUCAGGCUCUUCACCUUGUUACCAAUCCUCUUAAGUAUGUAAAGGAAACAUAUUUUUAAAGAAGCUUAACAGUAAGAAAAAUUACUAAAAGAUGCAAUUCAAAGAUAGAUAGGUCCCAGUUUAACAUUGAAUUGCUUGACUUCUGUGGCUUUUCCUUUUCUGGCCACAUUUAUUUAUUUAAGCAAUUUUUGUAUGCCUUGUUACUUCAUUUCCAUAGAGAUGAUAUUGUAUCAGUGUUUAUGUAAGCUGGAAUCAUCCUCAGUUUUCUGUUGAUAAUUUUUCAAAUAAAGAUACAUGGAUAUUGUAAAAUACACUAACUCUUAGGGUGUUGUAGUAGCUGAAACAUGGAGAUGUGUAGCUGCCAUGCUUUUUCUGAAUGGACCGGAGAAACAUAAGCUACAGAGUAUUCAUUUCUGAGGAUGCUUUUCUGGAAAAAGAAAGGCUAGAAAAUACUCGCACUUCCUCAGAACCCUCUUUCUUGUUAACGGGUAUCUUUUGUUGGUGUGUUUUGCUCUUACAUUACAGAUAGACUAUCAUAUAUGACUUUAUGAAUAAUUUCAGUUAUUUUGCUUUUGUAUAAGCUGUCUGAAGCCUUGCUAUGCUGUAUAAGUUGUGUUUGAUGGAUCAGUGUGAGUAUAAAAUAAAGCAAAUCACUUUUCUUUUGUAUUAUCUAUGGAUGCCACUAUGAAAGCCGACAUUAAGCCACUAAAGAGUUUUCUAUGAAUAAGUGUAAGUAAAUGCUUUGAUAUAUAUAAACCUAAAUAAAAAGAUUGUAUUGAUACAGAGACAUUGGAGAAGGAGAUUUUAAGGCAGUUCUUUAGGUUUAAAAAGGCUUGCUGUAAAAUGGUGCAUUAUUCCGUUUAUUAAAGAUCAUAUUAAUGACAAUA